GACCCCAGACGGACACCAUCUCAGACUCACCUGGUCCUGCUGAUAACACAGGUUCUGUAGAAGUAGACCAGAUAAGAAAGACAAGAAGAAAAACUUUUGUCAGGGAGUUUAGAAUUAUGAGCUCAUGAGAUAUAUCUGAAGGCAUUUACAAGGCUACAUCUAACUCGGCGAAGUUUUAUUUAUUUAUUUAAUAACUUAUUUAUUAUUUAUUGUAAUUUUCUUAUUUACAUGUGUGUGGCUGUUCCGAGGAAAACCGAGGACAACAGAAGACGUUUUAGUUGAGAUAACGCGCGUCGGGACGUCAUCGAACAUUUUGACAAGACACGAUGGAGGGAGGAAAGCAACUGACCUUUCCGCUGAUGCUGGCCGUGGGGACAGCUGUGAUUGGCUCUCUCCAGUUCGGCUACAACACAGGUGUCAUCAAUGCCCCGCAAAAUAUCAUUGAGGCGUUCUACAAUGAGACAUGGUAUGAUCGAUAUCAGGAGCCAAUCUCUAAAACAACCAUUACCACCCUGUGGUCUCUGUCUGUGGCCAUCUUCUCUGUGGGCGGCAUCGUUGGAUCUUUCUCUGUCGGGCUGUUUGUCAACCGCUUUGGAAGGAGGAACUCUAUGCUCAUGGCUAAUGUCCUGGCAUUCAUCGCCGCAGCAUUGAUGGGUUUCUCUAAGAUAGGGGCUUCCUGGGAGAUGUUGAUUAUUGGACGGUUCGUGGUGGGCCUUUACUCUGGUCUAUCCACUGGUUUUGUGCCCAUGUAUGUUGGUGAGGUGGCCCCCACAGCCCUCAGAGGAGCCCUGGGCACCCUUCAUCAGCUGGGCAUCGUUACUGGCAUCCUCAUGGCACAGAUCUUUGGUAUGGAUGUUAUCAUGGGUAAUGCCACCCUGUGGCCAUUCCUCUUGGGCUUUACCUUCAUCCCUGCACUGCUGCAGUGCUGUUUACUGCCCUUCUGCCCCGAGAGCCCUCGAUUCCUCCUCAUCAUCCGCAACGAGGAGAACAAAGCCAAAGCAGUGCUAAAGAAACUGCGUGGAAUGACAGAUGUGGGCGCAGACAUGCAGGAAAUGAAAGAGGAGAGCAGACAGAUGAUGAGGGAGAAGAAAGUGACCAUCCCGGAACUGUUCCGCUCUCCACUCUACAGACAGCCCAUCAUGGUAGCCAUCAUGCUCCAACUGUCCCAGCAGCUGUCUGGAAUCAAUGCAGUGUUCUACUACUCUACAAAGAUCUUUGAGAGAGCAGGAGUGGAGCAGCCGGUCUAUGCUACUAUUGGAGCAGGAGUCGUCAACACUGCUUUCACUGUAGUGUCGCUGUUUGUGGUGGAGAGAGCCGGCCGCAGGUCUUUGCACCUUUUGGGGCUGCUGGGAAUGGCUGGAUCUGCUGUAUUGAUGACCAUCGCUCUUGCCCUACUGGACCAGUUGAAGUGGAUGUCCUACAUGAGCAUUGUGGCCAUCUUUGCAUUUGUGGCGUUCUUUGAGAUCGGACCGGGCCCCAUCCCAUGGUUCAUCGUGGCUGAAUUGUUCAGUCAGGGCCCGAGACCCUCUGCUUUUGCUGUUGCAGGAUUCUCCAACUGGACAGCCAACUUCAUCGUGGGCAUGUCCUUCCAGUAUGUGGAGGAGCUCUGUGGGCCGUAUGUGUUUGUCAUCUUCACCAUUCUGUUGCUUUGCUUCUUCGUCUUCACCUACUUCAAAGUUCCAGAGACCAAGGGGCGAACGUUCGACGAAAUCUCUGCCGGUUUUCGCCAGUCUGCAUCAGGUGCGGAGAAACACACGCCUGAAGAGCUCAAUAGCUUGGGGGCGGACUCUCAACUCUAAACUCCUCUUUUGAAUCCACCUCCCUCUGUUCUCACUUCAGCACGCAACUACUGAGGAGGGGGCUCACUGAGCUGUCAAUCAAACAUUUCCCCCCUCCCACGGCUGCACUCACCUCUUAGUCCCCCUUUACUUGCCUAUGGCUUCACAAACAAUGCUGAAUGUGAGACAUGGGGCUUGAAAGGCAGGGAGUGAGAGUAGUUAUCAUUUUCCUUUUAUCAGAAAGAUGAUCAUUUUAUGACAUGUUUGAUGUGUCAUAUUUGCGCUGGAAUGCGUUAUUAUUUUAUUCUUUCUUAACUGUUACUUCUGCUUUGCUAUGGAAGAGUUAAAGGGAUAGUUCACCCUAAAAAAUUCUGUCAUCAUUUACUCACCCUCAUAUCAUUUCUAACCCAUUAGACUUCCUCUUUUUUGUAAAACACAAAAGGAGAUAUUAGGCAGAAUCAGUCACCAUUCACUUUCAUUGAAUGAGAUAGAGCAGCAUCAAAAUUGUUUUACUGAAAACAAAACGAGGGUGAGUAAAUGAUGACAGAAUUUUCUUUUUAUAGGUGACCUGACCCUUUAAAGACGUGUGAGGUGUAACCUGACCAUACCCAACAAUGAUGUAAGAAAUCUACAGUUGCUCUCAAGGCCUUAUGGGACUGUUUUUGUGCAUGGCGACUGACAGUUCAUUACUGUAUUUCAAGGUAACUGUAUCUCCACUGUCGUCAAUCGUCAUAAACCAGAAAAACCACAUGCUGGGCAUCAUUAUCUUGGCCUUGGUCACCAAUUGAGUGCAUGCAUAUAUCUAGAGUGAAUUCAGGUAAAUUGGGGUCAUUUUUGUCAUUGAAAUUAAUGGAAAAAUGUGUCUCAAUAUACUUGAAUUCAGCCUAUCUAUAAUGUCACCAGCUGAAACAAUAUGACAUUGUACAUGUAUGUACUAUAAAUUUUAUAUUAAACUCUUCUGCAUGGCUAGCAUUUUUUAAGACAUUACAGGGUAAUUUCUCGCUAUACAUGUCUUCUGUUUUAUGCUUUUGAAAAUGUAUAUUUUUACUCCGAUAAAUCACGUCUUUUAAAUGUAUUUAUAUAUAUAUAUAUAUAUAUAUUACAAAUUAAAUACAAAUUCUUAGAAUUACUCUACAAGGAUAUACACAGAACAUUUCUUUAAGGAAUAUUCUGGGUUAAAAACAACUUAAGCUCCAUUGACAUGAUCAGUGGCAGAAGAUAAUACUGUAAAAACAACCGAAAAAUGCAAUAACAGUUUUGUGCUUACAAUGAAUGGUUCCAUCGCAAAUUGAUUUCUGUUACAGCGUAUUUUGUUUGCUUUUUUAAACUGUGGGACGAGUAAUAAAGUUUCUGUGGUAAUUGAAAGCAUCAAUAGCAUUAAAGGAAUAGUUCACCCAAAAAUGAUAAUUCUCUCAUUUACUCACUUUCAUGCCAUUCCAGAUUUGUAUGACUUUCUUUCUUCUACUGAACAUAAAUGAAGAUUUUUAGAAGCAUAUUUCAGCUCUGUAGGUGCAUACAAUGCAAGUAAAUGGUGGCCAAAUCUUUGAAGGUCCAAAAAGCAUAUAAAGGCAGCAUAAACGUAACCCAUAUGACUCCAGUGGUUUAAUCCAUGUCUUCAGAAGUGGUAUGAUAGGUGUUGUGAGAAACGGAUACAUCUUUAAGUCCUUUUUUCUAUAAAUCUCCACUUUCACUUUCUUCUUUUGUUUUUGGUGAUUCACAUUCCUUUUGCAUAUCGCCAUCUACUGGGCAGGGAGGAGAAUUUAUAUAUAUUAUUUUUUGGUGAACUAUCCCUUUAAGUUGCAUUUAAUCCAGAACAUUCUUUUGACAAAUCUGGUUUUAAGUUUGAUUGUUACUUAGCCAAAUGUCACAUUUACUCUUUAAUGAAGAUCAGUCACUUUAAAAAAUGCACAAUUUAAUGAUCUGUGUAAAGAAAUGUAUGUUAAGUACUUUUCAUACGCAUGUACACUGAAAGUAUUAGCAUCAGUGCUGGUUCAAGUGUCAAUUAUAAAACACAGAAUAUACUCCCAUACAUCCAUAAAUAAGCCAGUGUUUUUUGGAUGAAGAAUUGUGUAGUUGGGAAACCCUUUCAAAGGAGACCAAAAUUCAGUGUAACUCCCAUGGCAUGAUUGUAGUGCACCGUAUAGUCUUCCUUUCUCUCUCUCUCUCUCUCUCUCUCUCUCUCUCGCUCUCUCCCUAGAUAUAUAUAUAUAGAUAUUAAAAUCUUCUGUUAAACUUGCUCUGACACUUUAGACAUGGUUCCUGUGUUUAUACACCCUAAAAUAUGCCUGAGUUGCAGUUUAUGGUAUUUAUUUUUUUGGAAAAUGGAAAGCAAAUGAUUCAUACCUUAAUGUUCACCCCUAAAAAUUCCCACAAACUCUUGAUUUUUAUUU